GUAGAAGGGGUAAGCAGAAUUAGAAGAUGGCAACAUUUAGUUUGAAUUUCGAAUCUUUCUGUUUGACUGUUUGUUUUUGGGAAUUUGGUUUUACGUGUUUUUUUUGGCUUUUGUGAGUUUUGUGACCUUCAUUUACUAUUUCUGCUGAAAUAAAUAAUCAAAUAAAAAAAGAAACUGCGUGCUGGCUCGCGAAAUAUGGAUUCGGUCACAAGCACUGAAGAUUUACGCAUAGAGCUCAAAACUCCUCAAGAAAAUAUCCUUCUCGAGUUAAUAAAGGAACUCUGCAGUGAGCCUGAUGGCAAAUUAUCUACGAAGUUGAAAGGAAAAGUGAAGAGAAUCAUAGCUGACUGUGACCUGACACACCACACCAGCUUACACAAACUUAGUACUGCUGAUGAAAGUACUUCAACUUUAUUGGGCUUUAUGCACAAUACAGCUGCCGAAUUAAAUUUCGAAGAGCAAGCGGAGCUCAACCAAGCUAUCGUUCAUAAGAUCCAGAACAAGCUGCCCACAUUCACUGCAGAACUGGAACGUCUUAGACAAAGCACAAAUAACCAGAAGAAGUCCAGUCAAAACCAAGUCAAACAGCUACAAGAGAGUCUAGACCAAAAGCUGAAUACGCUUAAAGAACAGGAGAAUGAGAAGGUGGAACUGAUGAUGGAAUGGCUGAACCACCGAAUUAAUGACGUUUCUAUGUUCAGUGAUAGCUCAAGCGAAUUUCUCACUUUGAAAACUAGGAUUUUGGAUUUAAAAUCGAAGAUUCUUCAUCUACAAAUCCUGCAGAACAUCUUCACUGAAACCAACCAGUCUAUAAAGGCCUACAGCGAAAUCCACAAAGACCUGAAAGACAGCAUAAAGGAGACAGAACAGCGGAUUAAGGGUUUCCGAGAGAUCAUUAAUAGUGAUUAUGAUUAGUGUUUUAUUAAUUAUUACUUUUGAACUGAAAUUGUUACAUUGUUUUCAUUAUUGGUUUGAAUAAAUUAUUUUUAAUUGUUAAAUAAUU